CAGCAACCUAUUUGUUUUCAGUGGGUUCCAGCGUAAAAGUGAAAAGAGGAAGGAAAAAAGAAAAAAGGAGAGGAGAGAGACAACAAACAAGCAGACAAUUGAAAGCAAGGGAAGGAAGGCGGGCCGGAGAGAGACAGAGAGAGAGAGAGAGGGGGUGGAGACAGAGGCGGGCCGAAGAGGAGGGGUGAUAGCACGCAAGCGCAAUGGGAGCUUGGAGAGCCCCACGCGGGCGCUCUCAGAGCUUCGGCAGCGGUUCUUUCAGUUCAGCUGCGAAGGGGCCUCGGGGCAGUGAGGCUGUGAAGCCGGAGUGAGGCGCCCGGUGUUGGGAGAGCCGGGAGCAGCUGGGCUCGCUCCGCCCGAGCGGCUGUCUCUGUUGAGAAGCAGAGCGGCAAGCUGCUCUCCGAUACCCAGCUCGGCCAGCCAUGGGGUAAAAGGGGAGUGAGCGGACGACGGAACAAUAAAAACUGCUGGCGCUGCCGGCUCCUCCCGCCACUGACUGACUGGCCAAGUGAGGUGGGGGAAAGAGCGAAGAUGCUGAGGGCUCGCCGGCGCUGACCGGACCCAUAGACCUAGCAGCUGCAGCAGCUACCGGGGUAGAGGCAAAAGUGAACGAGGCAGGAGUGAAGGGGCGCGCGGCGGAUGCUUUGCGUGGUCGGGGGGCGGCGGGGGCGGCGGCUGAGGGAGAGGAAAAGGAAAAGGAGAAGAAGAAGACGACGACGGAGGGCGGCGGCGCAAUGAUCGCGGAGUUGGUGUGCAGCGCCCUGGGGCUCGCCCUGUAUCUCAACACCCUCGGCGCGGAUUUCUGCUACGAUGACAGCCGAGCUAUCAAGACAAACCAGGAUCUUCUUCCUGAAACGCCAUGGACUCAGAUAUUCUACAAUGACUUCUGGGGCACUCUCCUUACUCACAGUGGGAGUCACAAAUCGUAUCGACCUCUCUGUACACUGUCUUUUCGCAUUAACCAUGCUUUUGGAGGCAUGGAUCCCUGGAGCUACCACCUUGUAAAUGUCCUUUUACAUGCUGCAGUCACAGGUCUUUUCACAAAUUUUUCCCGAGUGCUGCUUGGUGAUGGAUAUUGGACCUUACUUGCUGGCCUGCUGUUUGCUUCUCAUCCCAUCCAUACUGAAGCAGUGGCAGGAAUUGUAGGAAGGGCUGAUAUUGGAGCUUGCCUUUUCUUUCUGCUUUCCCUGGUCUGUUAUACUAAACACUGCUGCACAAGAAACUACUCAGAAGGAACCUGGGGCUGGAUCUUGGGUGCAGGGCUAUGUGCCACUUGCAGCAUGUUGUGGAAGGAGCAAGGAGUGACUGUUCUAGCAAUUUCAGCAGUUUAUGAUAUCUUUGUGUUUCACAGGCUAAAAAUGCACCAAAUCAUUCCUGCUAUCUAUAAGAGAAAGAAUUUACCCCUUCUUUUGAGCACUGGUUUAUUGAUCUUCUGGGGAGCUUUGCUACUAGGUCUUCGCUUUUAUUGGAUGGGGAACAAACCUCCCAGCUUUUCCAACUCUGACAACCCAGCAGCUGACUCAGAUAGUUUUCUAACAAGAACUCUGACUUUUUUUUACCUGCCAACCAAAAAUCUCUGGCUAUUGUUGUGCCCGGACACUCUUAGCUUUGAUUGGUCCAUGGAUGCUGUGCCUGUUCUCAAAACAGUCACUGACUGGAGAAAUUUACACACAGUGGCCUUUUAUGCUGGGCUUCUCCUCCUUGCUUACACCAGUUUGAAAAGCUCCAGCAAAGAGAGAGAAUGCAACGGGAAAAAUGUGACAAAUGGCAAGCCAAAUGUCAAUGGUCAUCACUACCUAUCAGAAAUGGAGUAUAGAAGCUUGGAGUUGAAGUCCAGUUUUGUAUCUAAAGAAGAAAAUGGUAUUAACCAAUACUUGCUGCAGAGACCACAACUUCCCUCAACUGAGAAUAUUGUAGUUUUGUCUCUCUCCUUAUUAAUUGUGCCAUUUAUUCCUGCCACAAACUUGUUUUUUUAUGUAGGCUUUGUGAUAGCAGAGCGUGUCUUAUAUAUCCCUAGUAUGGGCUUCUGCCUGCUGAUCACUGUGGGCACCAGGGCCCUCUACAUCAAAGCCCAAAAGCGCUUUCUGAAGAACUUAAUUUUUUUUGCCACUGCUGCAUUAAUUUUUUUUUAUGGACUCAAGACUUUUGUCAGGAAUGGGGACUGGCAGAAUGAAGAGAUGCUGUAUAAGUCAGGGAUAAAAGUAAAUCCAGCUAAAGCAUGGGGUAACCUUGGAAAUGUUCUGAAGAGCCAGAGCAAGAUUCAUGAAGCUGAAAGCGCCUAUAGAAAUGCCUUGUACUACCGCAGCAACAUGGCUGAUAUGCUGUACAAUUUAGGAUUGCUGCUGCAGGAAAACAGCAGGCUUUCAGGAGCACUGCAUUACUAUAAAUUGGCCAUUGGAAGCAGACCUACUUUAGCCUCUGCCUAUUUAAAUACUGGUAUCAUCUUAAUGAACCAAGGGAAGGCUGAUGAAGCCAGGAAGACAUUCUUGAAAUGUUCAGAAAUUCCUGAUGAAAAUUUAAAAGAUCCUCAUGCUCAUAAGAGCUCAGUUACUAGUUGCCUCUAUAAUUUGGGGAAACUGUACCAUGAACAGGGACAGUAUGAGGAUGCCCUCACAGUUUAUAAAGAAGCAAUACAGAAAAUGCCAAGGCAGUUUGCACCACAAAGUUUAUAUAACAUGAUGGGGGAAGCCUACAUGAGACUCAGCAGAUUACCUGAAGCAGAACACUGGUAUGUGGAAUCGCUGCGCUCCAAAACAGACCACAUUCCAGCUCAUCUCACAUAUGGAAAACUCCUGGCUUUAACGGGCCGUAAGAGUGAAGCAGAAAAGUAUUUCUUAAAGGCAAUUCAGCUGGAUCCUACCAAGGGAAACUGUUAUAUGCAUUAUGGCCAGUUUCUCCUAGAGGAAUCUCGCCUGAUAGAAGCAGCAGAGAUGGCAAAGAAAGCAGCUGAGCUAGAUAACACAGAAUUUGAUGUUGUCUUCAAUGCAGCUCACAUGCUCAGACAAGCUAGCCUCAAUGAAGCAGCUGAGAAGUAUUAUAAAAUGGCAGCUGAGCUGAGACCCAACUAUCCAGCUGCCCUAAUGAAUCUGGGGGCGAUUCUUCAUCUCAAUGGCAAACUCCUAGAGGCUGAAUCAAAUUAUCUCCGUGCCCUUCAGUUUAAACCAGAUGAUGUAAUCACACAGUCAAAUCUGCGCAAACUCUGGAAUAUUAUGGAAAAACAAGGCUUAAGGACAUCUAAAACAUGACCUGACAUGGGUUGGAAGAAAAAAAACACCCAGAACCUUGCUUUGCAAAGGGUGAAACAAGUCAAAUCCGGGACAACGUCCAGGGUGCUGUUUUGUUGAGUGCUCUUGUUGGACUGGAAUGCAAUGUCCAAGGUUGUAAUUGCUGCUAGGAAAACUCAUAAGGCUGCUUCUUGGUGUGACAUUUUGACAAUGAGAGGGAGGCGGAAAUUCUCUUAGGAGCUUCAUGAAGGAUUUGAUAGUUACUGCCACAAGUAUAAAAGUGAAUUAGAUUUGAAACUGGAGCACUUGAAAGGGGCCCUUUCAGCAUCUUUGCCAGGUCAUCCUAGUCAUUUUCACAUUGUUCAUUUUCAUGUGGUUUCUGGUAGAAAAUCAUGCUGGCCUAUACAUCCAUCCAGUCAACAUGGGAAUUUAGAAAAGGAUAAAGACCAACUUAAGUUAUUUUGUGAGGCUGUAAUUCAUUAAAAUGUAUACUAAAACCCAAUGUGUUUGCAAUUUGUCUUAAUACUGUAUAUCUCCUUAGGGCUGCCUGCUUAUCUGUUUCACAGACGAGUGCAACUAUUUGAAAGAUGCAACACCAUUUGCAAUCUAUCUUGACAAGGGCACAUUUUGUUUCAGCCUGUUGUUAAAAACAACAUUUAAAGACAUUAACAGAUGCCUUGUUAACUGUGUUUAUCUGUUUUGAGUGGAAUAAGCAAGGGGUAGCAAACAGGACCUAUAAUGUAGUCCCCAAGCAUAAAGAAUUAAGGCAGGCUGUGGACGUGAUGAAGACAGCCAUGUUUGUUUGUUCCUGUGACUACCUUGUUCAUGCCUCUAAAGUGGCCUAAUUUUUAGAACAACAGAUGUGCAUUGAAGAAGAGAGCUGAACACCCCUUUCCUCCACCUUCUUAUCAUGUUCUAUUGCUUCAGGCACCUUUUUACCAGUUUAGCUCACUCCUGGGUUUGGAGUCAGGCUGCAAGAAAAGUGCCCAAGGGGAUGGAGUAAGGGAAUGUAAGACAGAAAGCAGGUCCAGUUCCAUCUACCAACAUGAAACUUUGGAAAAGAAAAAAGUCUCACUCAUGCACGCACUACCCCUUAGAUGCAAAUAGGGCGGACACAUGAAGAGGAAACACGGGUGUCCUAUCAUACUUGCUUUGUCCCUUGUCACUGUCAAACAUCAUGCUAACCUUUUACAUGCAUCUCUGACUACAGAGCAGCUACAUGUUACUGAAGCAUGUUGGAAGAAGUGUGCAGUCGGUGAAUAUGUUUUUGAAAUGUUAGCAAUAAGAUUUAUCAGCAGUUUGUGAGAGGGAAAAUAUUUUGCUACAGGCAGCAAGAAACUAAAAGAAUUUAAUGCUUGUAGCAUCUAGCAAAUUCACGGUGUGUUAGAUCAAAAUGGAUUAUGUGACUGACAAUGGUUGCCAAUUAUUUUUGCAUAUGCUCAACAUUUUUACAUAUAGAAAAAAUAUGCUGAGUCUCUAACUCAAUAUUGCAUCUCUCUUCACUGCAAUAGUGGCACCAUUUUUUUACUUAACAUUUCAGCUUAUUUGGCGUAGUUAUGAUCUGCAUUUUUUUCUUUUUUAAGGUAUUAAAACAAAUGUUAGACUUAUCUGUGCACUUUCAGGCCAUUUACCAACUUCUUUUAUUGGGUAGGCAUGUUGCUCAUUAUUUAUCAAAUAGGAUCUAUUUCAGUAUUCAUUUUGAUGCCAGUGGGCAUAAAUGUAGGCCAGUUUCCAAAGAGCCACUGUUGGCAUGUCCCAGGAGAAUUUUUUAUUUCCUUGGCAUAUCACAAACUGCUAUUGAAACUCUUCUCUGUUUCAAAAGCCAUUUUCAAUGAAAACGAAAGGGGUGGAGUUGCAGUUUGUGAAAUGCAGAGAUCCUCAUGUGACUGCAUCCUGGCCUUGUAUUAUAGAAAACUCUUAAAUUGAGAUUAUUAAGGGGUGUCCCAUAAUCCCUUGUAUACAAAAGUUUCCUCUUAGUGAGUGUCAUUCCAUUACUGUGUACUUCUGGAUUAACACAUUUUUGAAGCUCUUUAUUUUUCAACUGCAGCCACAAAAGUUUAGCUAGUGUUUCACAACUGUUGCUAGCCUUCUAGUUUGCUUUUCACACUGUUUUUAAAUGUUUUGAGGUGUGUAUUGGUGCUUAGAGAGAAAUGGGAACACAUUCUUUGCUUUUUAGACACUCCAGCCAUCUUAAUGUAUACAUGUUCAGAAAUCUUGGGAUAUCUCUCUGUCAGCAUAGCCACAAUCUGUCACCUUUGUAAUAGUAUUUUCCAUUAAAACCACUUUGUUUUUCGUUUAGCAAAACAUGAUCAUCAUAGACCAUAGAUCAUCACAAAUUAUAAGUGUUUUACAAUCCUCCCCUUCCCCAGUUAGAAUUUUUGGGCCUUGUGCAGAAUCAGCGAUCUUGGGAUUUUGCUCAAAUGUGAAAGCCUAAACACAUUUUUAUAACAAAACCACAGGAAAGGCAAAACCAAAAUCCUAAAAGGCUGAAAUUCAUCCUUUUCAAUGUUGCAGAUUAUAGCAUAUCAUAACACAUCAUGGUCUUUAGUACUACAGCCAUCAUGCCACAAAAUCUUCUGAGCAUCUAUAAACCUCUAAAACGGUUUUUUUACAGUGAAUCCUAUCUGAAUCUCAGAAGUGAAUUCCAUUGAAUUCAGUGAGGUUUACUCCUAUGUACUUGUGUAUAGGAUUGCAACCUAAGUGUACAACUGUGGCAUUCCAAAACAUCAUAAAUUUCAGCUUUCAGAUGCAAGUACAGCUUCCUGGUUGUAACAUUUCACUGCUGUUCUAGCUUCUCCAUUUCUUGUGCUUUGUUCUUCAUUACUUUUUCCAUUAAUUGCACAAUAGCAAUUCACGCUUAUAUGAUGGUAUUGUCUGUCUCAUCUCACACAAUGACAGGUGGAAAUAUUUAUACAUAUAUAUAUGUAAGAUUGUUCCAUGUUCCUCGAUACAUUUUCACCAUAGGGCUGGACUUUAUAACUUUCAAUUUUGGAAUAAGUUUAAAAUGUUGACUUUGCUCAGGGAUUUGUGGUGGAUAUUUCAGACAGUGCUUAAAAAUAAACAGCACAAGUUUACUAAAUUAAAUUUUUAUUUUUUUGAGAACUGUUAUUUGUAUAAAUUAUCAAGAUUUGUAGGCUUUCCUUUUUGUAGAACUGAUUGUUUA